AUGGUUGACCCAGUCUCUGGCCCCGCGGAUAAUGUCCACUUCGGUUCAAGCCCAACGUUCUGUGGCUUCACGCCAAUCAACGGCCGCAAGCGAUCCUUGACACCGAUAGCUGCCAUCGUGAAUGCGGUUCCGACAAAGCGAUUGGCAUCGUAUGCUUCAAUCAAUUCGGCAGGAGCUUCUGGAGAUGAUCCGUCAUAUCGAAACACGCCAAACUCCUCCGCUACGGUCACCGCCGACGCAAAAGAUGUCGUUUCUGCUCUCCACCCGUCAUAUACUCAGACUACCCCUCCGUUAGAUGACAACCUAGAAAUACAGAGCCUAGAAACACCGCAGCGUCUGCUGCUUCCACUGCAUAACGCAACUGAACUAGGAUACGACGACGCAGAUCUAUCAUGGAUGGACGAAUUCGUCAACUUGGACUGGGGAGACGACAUGAGUGUUAUCCCACCCCCAAAGCCUCCGACAAACUAUCCGAAUGCCGACUCUAUAGUCUCGUUGACUUCUCCGGAAGAACGGCUGUCUCAAAACCAAAGCCAGGCUGUACGGAAUGUUACUCCUAUAGUCGAAGACAACUAUGGUUUUGAUGAUUCUGACGAGGAAGAAAUGGCACAAUUGGGAAAGCCACACACUCCUUCAAGAGCUCUACCUACGAGCGAGCCUCAGGACAUGGAUCGGGAGUCGAGACCAUCGCUGAGCUAG